CUAAAUUUGUGCCCCAAACAUGAACCAUCUCUUCAAAAGACCAAAAAGUCAAAAAGUAACGCGCCAAUGCAGCUACCGCAUAUACUUUCCCUCCUUGUGCAAACAACAGUUACAUACUUUACCUGCUAUAUCCGGUUAAUCCACCAAUAAUCAUUUAUCAUUACCGGUUGUACCCAGUUUCCCUUUAUCCCUGUACUCCUUCUAGUACUACAUAUACACACCUCCGAUCAUCAUCCGUUUCCCCAAAAACACUCCACUAACCGCACCCUGAUAUAGCAGUUUGUACAUCAUCGUCUCCGGCGUCUCUACCUAAAACCUUAUCCCUACUAGUAUUGAAUUUUGGGAAACAUAACGUGUUGCUACACGAUACUUCAUACAUCAACGUAGCUGUAGCCUAUGGCAGAUAAAGAGGAAGGACAUGCAACUACCCCUAAAGGAGCCGAUUGGGAAGUAGUAUCACUCACUGCAUCAGCAUACGCUGCUGCCCCUGGUGGGAAUAUCCCAGAGCUUAAACAUGAAGAAAAGGGUGAAGUAGUUGACAAAGAUAAAGUCGAAACUUCCAACACAUUGUUCAUGUCUACUCAUUUUGUUUUGCCACCUAAAGAAGACAUAGAGAUCUUUGAUCAGCUUGAUGAUUCUGAAUCCGUUAAAGAAAAAGAAAUUUAUGAUCUUAAGAAGCUAACCGAGUUACAUGAAUAUCACAAAAUUCCCUUUUCUAAUGAGAAAUUAUCCCUUGGUGACACGGACUUCACAGAGAACACUACAUUGUCCAGUCUAAAUAUGGGAGCAAAAGAGCAGAGUAUUUACACUUCUCCCGCACUUGAUUCAUUACACAGUGACGCAAGUAUGGGUGUGAAAAACAUAGAUGAUGGAAUGAGAGAAUUAGAUGAGUCUGUACACUCUUCUGAGGAACCCAAAGAAAACAACCACCACCAUGAACAUGAUGGAUCUGGAUCUGGAUGUGGUGUGCCUUAUGGAGUUUGGUUGAAGAAACAAGCUGUAUCUUUGUAUGCACAUACAAAAGAGACGAGUACAUUUUGGUCUAUUUUUGCUGCGGCUGCAGUGAUGGGUAUUGUGAUUAUUGGCCAACAGUGGCAGCAUGAAAGAUGGCAAGUUUUGCGCCAUGAAUUGAAAUUUCGGAUCCAUGAUGAGAGGAUGAGGAUGAUGACAGGUCUUAAAUACGCAAUCAUAGGUGGCAGCCGGCGAAAUUUUUUGGUCAAUGGAAGCAUCUCUCCAGAUCCUUGAAGUUUAAUGGAGACAAUUUCUUUUGAUGAUGAUGAUGAUGAAAAUGAUAAUACAAAAAACAGAGUGAAAAAAUGUCAGUAUUUAAGUCACAAUUAUCACUUGCUGAAGGUUAUUUAACAUUUUCAUUAUAUGGGUCACAUUUAUAUGGUUGUUAUCUUUUCUUAUGCCAAAGAAAAAUAUAACUAUAAUAGUGAGAUCUGUAAAAUGGAAGAUGGAGAGAAAUUGCCAAACUAAUGAUGUCUUAUUUUAUGACAAAACAGAAAAAACCGUAUGUUAAAUCUGUGCUUAUUAUGUUAUAUGCUAUGUUUUUUUUAUGCUUGUAAUUAGUAAAUAUGUUUUUUUGAUGGGCUGGUGUAAUUAGUAAGUAUGUUACUUUUAUAAGAUAUUGAUUAUCUCCAUAAGAUUUAAAAAUUGACUGCCUAGGCUGUUAGAAUAACUAAAAACUAGUUUUUUGCUGGAGUAACG